CAACUGACUACCACUCUGUUGUUCAGUACAAAUUGAAGGAAACCACACCGACAAUAAAUUUACACACACAUAAUCAACUAUUUGAACCAAAACACUCCAACUUCCUCCGAAAUCAAGCGACCUUUGUGACAUCUGAAUGCGGUGGAAGCUCAGGCGGACGGAGGUUUGUUUUCUAGUCAACCAUGCUAGCACUGCUAGCUAACUAGCCAUCGUCUCGUCGCCUCCUCUUCAUCUUCAUGGGUUUCUGCUGUUGAGUCUGCCAGGCUUGAGCUGGAGGCAGCGAGGCUAACAAAUUAAUGCCAUCGGCCAGGGUGGGUAGCCUUUACUUGUGCCCUACGUCUACCGUAUGCCAGUUGUAAGGUUUUUCGUGAGUCGUAAUCUGAACAAUCGGAUGAAUACUACGCUGAAGCACCAAGAACUCAGGUCAUAUUAUGAGUGGGGCGAGUUGCAAAGCUAACGGCGCUGUGUACCCCGCCUCAUCAGCAAUGAUGAACUCUGUGAAGAAGCCGAAGAUGGAGCAGAUUCAGGCCGACCAUGAGCUGUUCCUGCAGGCCUUUGAAAAACCAACUCAGAUAUACAGAUUUCUUCGCACAAGGAACUUGAUUGCACCCAUAUUUUUGCACAGGACGCUCACCUUCAUGUCUCACAGAAACGGUCGAACAAAUGCCAGAAGGAAAGCAUUUAAAGUGGAUGAUAUGUUGCAGACAGUGGAGAAGAUGAAGGGAGAGCAGGAUUCUCCAAGUUUGUCUUCACAUCUACAGUUAACCUUCACUGGGUUCUUCCAUAAGGAUGAAAAGCCAUCUCAGAAUUCAGAAAAUGAACAAAAUUCCGUGUCCUUAGAGGUGCUACUUGUCAAAGUCUGCCAUAAAAAACGCAAGGAUGUCAGCUGCCCGAUUAAGCAAGUGCCUACAGGUAAAAAGCAGGUGCCUUUGAAUCCUGACAGUAACCAAACCAAGCCUGGCUCCUACCCUUCCUUACUGGUCUCCAGCAAUGAGUUUGAGCCCAGCAACAGCCACAUGGUCAAGUCCUAUUCGCUCCUGUUCAGGGUGUCACGCACAGGGAGGAGGGAUACUAAUGGUCUUGUUAACGGAGAAGCCAAUGAGAACAUUGAUGUAAUAGACACUCCUAGUAGAAAGAAGAGAAGUUCAUCUCACAGAGAGGAGGGCGAGACCACAGAGACCUAUGUUGCACAGAUGACUGUCUUUGAUAAGAACAGGAGAUUGCAGCUGCUGGAUGGGGAGUAUGAGGUGUCAAUGCAAGGCAUGGAGGACAGCCCUGUCAGCAAGAAGCGAGCCACGUGGGAAACCAUUCUUGAUGGAAAGAGACUGCCACCGUUUGAGACAUUUUCUCAGGGACCCACAUUGCAGUUCAUGCUGCGUUGGACAGGUGAUUCUAGCGGAAAGUCCACUGCCCCCGUGGCCAAACCCCUUGCCACCCGCAACUCCGACAGCUCCGGCCCCAUGGAGACUAGGACCAGCAACCACCGAGCUGCCCUCAUGACAGUGAAAGAGUCAGUCAGCACAGACAUUCAGACGAGGAAAGAGCAGGUCCUGUGUGAGCCGCGGCAGAAGCUACGUAUAUUUUAUCAGUUCUUGUACAAUAAUAACACACGGCAGCAAACCGAGGCAAGAGAUGAUCUUCACUGUCCCUGGUGUACCCUGAACUGCAGCAAACUCUACAGCCUGCUUAAACACCUCAAGCUCUCCCACUCCCGCUUCAUUUUCAACUAUGUGCCUCACCCAAAAGGAGCAAGGAUAGACGUAUCCAUCAAUGAGUGCUAUGAUGGGUCGUACGUUGGCAACCCUCAGGACAUCCACAGCCAACCCGGCUUUGCUUUCAGCCGCAAUGGCCCAGUCAAGAGGACCGCUGUAACUCACAUACUGGUUUGCAGGCCCAAGAGGAUCAAACCCAGUCUGUCGGAGUUCCUGGAGACUGAGGACGGCGAGUUGGAGCAGCAGAGGACGUAUGUCAGCGGACACAACCGCCUCUACUUCCACAGUGACAGCUGCAUGCCCCUGCGACCCCAGGAAAUGGAAUUGGACAGUGAGGACGAGAGAGAUCCAGAGUGGCUCAGAGAGAAGACUGCCACGCAACUGGAUGAAUUCACAGAUGUCAAUGAGGGAGAGAAGGAAGUGAUGAAGCUAUGGAACCUACACGUCAUGAAGUAUGGUUUCAUAGCAGACAACCAGAUGAAUCAGGCCAUCAUGCUUUUCGCUGAGAGCCGCGGCGCUCACAUCAUCCGGCGCAACCUCUGCCGCAACUUCCUCCUGCAUCUAGUCAGCAUGCACGACUUCAACCUGGUGAGCACGGCCACCAUUGACCGUGCCAUGGCACGUCUGCGACAGAUCCAGGAGGAGCUGCCGGACACUGAGGAGGAGCACCAAGACCAGAUUCUGGUAUCAGCGGGAGCCUGCAACGGCAACGCCAUCACCUCCACUGGAGGGAAACAGGGCAAGAGGACAAAAAGCGCACUAACGGACUGAUGUAGGAUGGAUCGAACAAUGAUUGUCGUGGGGUUUUUGUUUUUAUUUUUAUUUUGUUGGGGUUUUUUUCUUCAAUGAACAUUACCAACCCUUUGGUGCUUAGAUAGGUGGGAGAACUGGUCACCGGAGGAUCUGACCUGAAGCAGACCAGUAUACAAGGUAAACAAGUUAUUGGAACUUGAGAAUUGAACCAAAUAUGAACAAUAUAAAAGUGAAUCACCCACAGCUACACAAACCAGGAAUUUGAGGACUGGGUGAAGUUGAACCUACUUAAUAUGCAUUUUGUAGGCGCCAUUAAAGUUAUCUGUCUUUGGGGGUGCUGACAGUGUGAACAAACAGUCUGACGUGGUCCGACUGUGUUUGGUAUGUCCUUGUUCUAGACAACUGUACAGUUAAAACUGUACUGGUAACAUUGUCACUCUUGAUUAUUUGUACACAUACACAAUAACCUUGUUGAGAAUUUAUCCUUUUAGCUGAUUAUUUUAGCACUUGGUGUUUGUACUUAGAAAGCUUACCUUAAAAUUGUCUUUUUUUUGUUUUUGUUUGUUUUUUUUUUAUUCACGCUGCACCAAAUGUUAAAUGCAGCUUUUCCACUGUCACCAGUGGAGAAACUUUAGUGGGUUUGAUUUCACUGUUGUGAAUGAUGUUUAAUUUGAAGGGUCAUACAGUUAAGAACAUUGACAGUAAAAAAAGGAAAAAAAAAAAAAAAAUCUAUACUUGACAUCAAUGUCUAGAGUAUAUAAAGCCUGUAAAGCUUGUGUUAGGACCCCACAAUGGACUGUGGGUUUUGCUGGUAGGUUGCCAUGACAAUAGGGUUAUACUGUAAAGCCUUGGAUCCCAGAGUAGAGAAUAAAUUCAAAACUCCUACUUCAUCACCCCUAAGGCUUUUGGCCUGCAUUGAUGAUAGCUCAAGGAAAGCCAGGGAACUCAACUUUUCUGAAUAUUUUUCUUUUUUUCCUAAGAUUUAUUGAAACAACAACCAGCAGCGCAUUACCCCAUGUAUCAUGUAGAGUGCAUAGUAUUCAAGAUAUAAAAGUCAACAGUUUUCAGAUGAUGCUUGCACCUCUAGUCUCUUUUCACUUUUGAACAUGUUGGAAUCACAAUGUUAAACAUGUUGUUUUUAAACAUGGGUUCUGAGUAUCCGUAGCUGACUGACAGAAGUGUGUAUACAUGUAAUCACAUCAAAUGUUAAGCUGUGCCCCAUUCUGAAUCCAAUAAUUAACAGAUUGCAGUCGUUCUCUCAGAGCAAUAUGCUGUUUAUUGGAGGUUUGGUUUUCAGGUCUGAGUCAGUUGUCUGUCCUGUUAGGUGCAGUUUAUGCCAAAGGGGAAUAUUUUCAUCAGUCUUUUAGUUCUGUAUAUUUUUUCUAGUCUUCUGUUUUAAUUCAUUCCAUGACAAGUUUUUAAAAAGCGGCAGUAGUUGUUUUGUAGUGUGCACAUAAAUUGAUGGUCACCAUUCAUUAUUUCAUCAGACUUCCCUUGUGGACAACCAAAUUAACAAUAUAUUUUCCUCCAUCUGGAAAAAGGGAGACAUAUUCACCGGUAUUUUCAAAAACACCCUGUUAAAAAAAAUAUACACUCUGGCUAAGGGGAUUUUUAUAUUUAAAGAAAUAAAAUACAUUUGACCUUA